AUGGCUAAGAUCUCCCAUUUCGCCGUCCGCUUUACAAACUUGGACCGCGACGUCCUCGUCAUCAAGGGGGCGCCCGACCAGGCGAACCCGGCUCUAUGUCAGGGCAAAGUGGUGGUGGUGGUGGCGGAGCCGACCCAUUUCCGUCGGCUCUCGCUUCGCCUCACCGCGACCAUGAUUAUCGACCAGGUGGAGCUGGUGGCGCUGGGCCACGGCUCCCGCCAACGACAGAUCCGCUACGACCGGGUGUUAUAUGACUAUACCUGGGACGACCUAGAACUCACAGAAGAGCUUAUUCGCCAGCUGGAACAGAAACUGCCCGCUCCGGCGAUACUACGAAACAAGUCGCUGUCGCAACUUAGCUCGUUUGGCCUGUUCACGCUGUUGCUGCGCCAGCUGUCGCUGACGACAUUGCUGGGGAUGGGGAAGCAGAACGUGUUGAAUGUCGGUGCCUAUGAGGUACCUUUUAAAGCAGUGUUGCCGGGUUCGAUUCCUGAGACGGUCGAGGGGCUUCCCGGGGGGUCAGUGGUGUACCGCAUUGUUGCCUCGUUAGAUAAGAGCGCUAAGUUGUCCAGCCAUCAUUUGACGGCUAAAAAACGGUUUCGAGUGGUUCGUACUUUAACCACUGAUGCCCUCGAGCUUAGUGACUCAGUGGCUGUCGACAAUACUUGGCCAGGGAAAGUGGAGUACUCGUUGAACGUACCGGCUAAAGCUGCCGCCAUCGGGCUGGGGUUCCCCGUACUGUUCAAUUUAGUACCCUUAGUGAAAGGGCUACGGCUUGGUGAUAUUAAGAUGGAGCUUGUGGAAGAGUUUACCUAUGUUAACCAUAGUCCACCCCCUUAUAACGGGGAGCGCAAAGUGUGCUCUAAAACCAUCAGGGCGCCGCCAGUACAGGAAUACGACGACCACUGGGACGUCACCUCGUUCUUACAGAUCCCGCCACUGCUUGCUAAGUGUACUCAGGACUGUAACAUCGAAAACAUGUUGAAAGUGCGCCACAAGAUUAAGGUGGUGAUCGCCUUAAUCAACGCCGACGGCCACACGUCUGAGCUCCGCGCGGGGAUGCCGGUGAUGCUUUUCAUUUCGCCUUUUGUCACCAUCCAAGGGCAGCUCGAUAUGUGGCUGCCGCUGAACCGGUUACAGCACUAUAGAGAUGGCGAGGAUGAGCCUGAAGAGACCCUUUUCCAAGGCCAACAAACUCCCACAGAAUCGACCACCACUAGCGGUAUCGUCGCCCCCCCUCAGUACGAGAACCACAUCUACGACCGCCUCUGGAACGACGUGUCGCCCAUAGACCUGCCUACUGGAUCUGGGGCCGCCACCCCGCUCCCGGGGCUGAAUCUGCUGGACCACGUCAACCUGAUGUUCUCGAUGCACACCAUCGACACCCAGCUUCUCCACGACCGGUUGCGCCUGCUAGACGUCAGCUACGAGCACAACAGUGGCGACGACGACUACUUCGGGGCCAGUGGGCGCCGCUCCCACCCGGCGCUGGCGCUGGCGACCCCGGUGCGCUCAGUGCUGCUGACCCCGUUACAUUUGAGUCGGGGCAACUCGUUUACCAAUCUCUCCGGUGACGAGUUGCUGAGGGUGCCCCUGUACUCAGAAGCGAUGAGACUGGCGCUGCUGACGGACCUUUCUCCCGCGUAUAUUCCGCCGUCGCUGGCACGUCCACGGAUUGCCGUGACGUCCUCCGACAGCGUCAUUGGCGGCGCUUCUCCCGGCGGCAGUCUCGGGGCCCGGACGCGGUCCCAGCGCAGUUUGACGCUGUUGGCGGGGCUGCUUUCGCUGAUGCUGAGAUCAGCACUGCUGCUGGGGAUCCCCAUCGCCCUGGCUCUGCGGGGACGGCGCCAGCUUGCUAGUCCCGUGGGCUCUCAAGGGAACGUGGUGUUCACGAUGACACCGUCGUCGCAGUCACCUCCAGCCCCAGAAAUCGCCCCGAAGCGCCGGGGGAUCAGGUAG